UGGGAGUUAUGAAAACUUUCCUGAAAAAAUAAGAUGGCUAUGUUGGCAAGGCUUCCCAUUUAAAUCCAUGCCGAGGUACUUUCCCUUGGAGGCCCUGGUAGCUCUUGAGAUGCCUUAUAGCAGCUUGAAGCAUUUUCCGGCCAGAACUAAGUUUCUCAAGUUUCUGAAAAUCCUUAACCUGAGUCACUCCCGUAGCUUUGCCAAAACUCCUGACUUCAUAGUACUCCCCAAUCUUGAAAGACUGAUACUUGAAGAUUGUACAAGGUUGGUCGAGAUUCAUGAAUCCGUUGGACACUUGGGGAGACUUAUUUUGUUAAAUUUAAAAGAUUGCAGCAAUCUGAGAAAGCUUCCAAGAAGCAUUGGUAGGCUUAAAUCUUUAGAAACACUUGACAUCUCUGGUUGCUCAAAUCUUGAAAAUUUGCCAACUGAGAUGGGGUAUAUGGAUUCUCUAACAGUGCUACGAGCCAAAAAUGUUACUGGCAUAACUCUAUCACCCGCCAUAAUUCGGAAUGUCAAAGCCUGGUAUUCAUUCCUUUGGGUUUUGCCAUUGAAGGCGAAAAGCAAUCCUGAAACUUCAUGGGCAUCUUCUUUACCUCGGUCCUUAGUUAAACUAAGUCUUGUGUUCUGCAAUCUAUCAGACAGUGCUUUCCCUAGAGAUAUGGGCAACCUAUCUUCAUUGCGGGAAUUAAACCUGAGCAAUAAUCCUAUUACUUCCCUCCCAGAUUGGAUCAGAGGUAUUACUGGGCUGGAAAUCCUUUGCGUAAACUGGUGCGCAAGGCUCCGGUCACUUGUUGUGCUGGUAGGAUGUAUUAGAUUUGUCACUCUGGCAUUGCAGUUCGUUGGAGAAGAUAACACUUCUAUCACCUACAUUCAAAAAAUUGUGGCCACCCCGAGUACACGGAUUGUUGACAUUUCUAUCUCCCUUAACGAGGACGGAUUUCUAUGGUGGGAGUGGCAACCUGCUAGAGUUUUCCGGUAGAUUCAAGUUGGAACCCAUAGGAGAUGUUGAUAAAGAGAUAAUAGAUAAUUUGGGCUUGUUCGAGUUGGGAUCAAUGCAAAACCUAAAUGGGAAGCUUUCUCUACAGGUCCCCUCGACCUCUCUCUCUCUCUCUCUCUGGAAACUUAGGCCUUUUUCUGACACAGGGAUGUCAUGAAGAACAUGUGUUCUCCACUUAUCUUCCGGGGUGCAAGGUUCCAGGGCGGUUCAAUCUAUAAUAAAGGAACUUCAUUUUGUUUUACUGCGCCACAUCAUAAUUUCAGAAUGCGAUGCUUGAGUUUGUGCAUUCUGUCUGCACUUUCUUGUGAUUAUAAUCGAAUACAUGAGCGUUGUCUUUACUUGAAUACUAUAAUCACUUUCUUGUGAUUAUAAUCAAUAUGAUUCAGUUAAGCUUUUGGAAGUUUGAAAAUCAGGUGGAAGGUGGUGAUGUAAUGGAUAUUUCCGUCUUUAAAAUAGAAGGAUUUCAGGCGAAGGAGGUAGGAGUCUGCCUUGUGUAUGACGUGGAGAAAAUAGUUUUACUGGUCUCUACUUUUUUUCCAUUCUGUUGUGUAGCACAAUUAGUAUAAAUCUUGCCAUGCAUCUUGUUUCGUACAUACAUAUAUGGGGGUUACUCAAUGAUUUUGUUGGAUGUUUGCCUGUCACCGGGCCAAGCAAGGCAAUGCAUGGCAGGACUCUAUCGAGCAAAAACUAGGUUUCCGUUUGCCUUCAAUUGCUCGUGCUUUCACGUCCCGUUGGUAAUGCUCGAAAAAAAGACUGAAAAUGGCAUGCUCUUUUAACUGGUCUAGCCAAGGCAUGGCAAACCGAUUGUGUCUUCUGAGCUAAACUUUUGUACUGUGUAAGAUAUUUGUUUGUAUAAAGGGAAUCUCUUGAAAGAAUGCUUAUUUGGUGGGUGGGGUGUCACAACCAACCUCACUUUCCUGCCUGCUCAUGUUGACUUAAUAUUUUUAGCACUGAAAGUGACAUGUUCAAUUUAUACCAAUGGUGCCUUGAGUUAUACAAAUAAUUGAUAUCUUGGUCCUAGAAUCCAUUUCUCUCUCUUGAGUUUCGUUCAAUGGCUGCCAUAACAUCCCAAGAAGCCUCUUCUUCAACUUCACCUUGUAGUUAUGAUGUGUUUUUGAGCUUCCGAGGGGAAGACACUCGGAAGUCUUUCACUGACCACCUCUACACGGCAUUGGACCAUGCUGGAUUUCGCACCUUCAGAGAUGAUGAUGGGAUUGAGAGGGGAGAAAAGAUCAAGUCAGAACUGCAAAAAGCAAUUAGAGAGUCGAGGAUGUCAAUAGUUGUCUUGUCAAAGAACUAUGCAUCUUCAAGUUGGUGCCUUGAUGAGCUUGUGAUGAUCCUCAAAUGCAGGAGUACCUCUGGACAUGUAGUUCUUCCUGUUUUCUAUGACGUGGAUCCAUCCCAAGUGAGGAAGCAAAUGGGAAGUUUCGAAGAAGCAUUUACACGACAUGAAGGGAAAGUUGAAGCAGAAAGUGGUGAAAGGAGCAAGGAAUGGAUGAACAAGGUAGAAGAAUGGAGGGCCGCGCUAAGAGAAGUUGCUGAUUUAGCUGGGAUGAACUUACAAAAUAGAGCUGACGGGCAUGAGUCGAGGUUUAUCCAGAAAGUUAUCAAAGAAGUUGGAGACAAAAUAAGUCACAAAAUCUUGGACAUCGGCCCCUAUGCGAUCGGAAUACAUUCUCGUGCAAGAGAGAUUCAGUUUUGGUUAGAAGAUGAAUCAGCUGAUGUUGGUAUAGCUGCAAUUUGUGGGAUGGGUGGAAUAGGGAAGACUACUAUCGCCAAGUUCCUGUAUAAUUUGAAUUUCUCAAGAUUUCAAGGUAGUAGUUUCCUGGCGAAUGUGAGAGAAAUUUCGAAACAACAAGAUGGUUUACUUUGUUUACAAAGACAGCUUGUUUCAGAUAUUUUAAAGGGAAGGAAGGAGAAGAUAUCCAACGUGGAUGAAGGUAUUGUCAAGAUUAAAGAUGCCUUGCAUUUCAAAAGGGUUCUUGUGAUUCUUGACGAUGUUGACAAGUUAGAACAGUUAUAUGCAGUGCUUGGAAUGCGUGAUUGGCUUUUUCCAGGGAGUAAAAUUAUCAUAACCAUUCGGAAUGAGCACUUGGUAAGAGCUCAUGAAGGCUGCAAGGUGCACAGGAUAAUAGAAUUGGAUUAUGAUGAGUCCCUUGAGCUCUUCAGUUUGCAUGCCUUUGGACAAAACCAUCCCAUUGAUGACUAUGCGGACACCUCAAAGUUGGUGGUCCAACAUUGUGGAGGGCUUCCAUUGGCUAUUAAAGUUUUGGGGUCUUCUCUAUUUGGAAAAAGCAUCGGAGUAUGGAAAAGCCAGUUAGAAAAGUUGAAAGCAAUCCCUGAUAGCGAAAUCUUUGAAAAACUCAAAAUAAGCUAUGAUUCCUUACAAGACGAUCACGACAAAAGUUUAUUCCUCCAUCUUGCUUGUUUCUUUAUUGGGAGCGAUAAGGACUGUACAAUUACAAUCAUGGAUGGAUGUGAAUUUUACACAGUGGUAGGGAUUCAAAAUCUCACUGACAGAUGUCUAGUAACAAUUGAUGGAUCCAACAAGGUGGUGAUGCAUCAUUUGCUUCAAGAAAUGGGAAGAGAAAUAGUCCGGCAAGAAUCACCCAAUGAGCCAGGAGAACGUAGCAGAUUGUGUAGUCAUAAAGAUUCAUUUGAUGUUUUAAGACAUAAUACUGGCACGAGAAAAAUUGAAGGCCUCAUUCUUGAUAUGAGUUUAUUGAAGGAAGAUAAAUCUGCCAAGACAGUGUUUGGUGUCAAUAGAAAACGCAGUUUGGAAGAAUUCUUGGACAAGUCAUUAUUGUCAAAUGUAGGGAAGUCGCUUAAGAGAUAUCGUUUGGGCAUCUUCUCCCAGAACUCGCUUGGCAUUGCUCCGGCAAAUUCAAAUCAAAUAGCUUUGGAAACUAAAGCAUUUGCAAAAAUGGAGAAUCUAAAACUUCUGAAGCUCGGUCAUGUACAAAUAAGCGGAAGUUAUGAAAACUUUCCAAAAAAAAUAAGAUGGCUGUGUUGGCAUGGCUUCCCAUUUGAAUCCAUAACGAAGUAUUUCCCCUUGGAGGCCCUGGUAGCUCUUGAGAUGCCUUAUAGCAACUUGAAGCAUUUUUUGGCCGGAACUAAGUUUCUCGAGUUACUGAAAAUCCUUAAUCUCAGUCACUCUCAUAGUCUUGCUAAAACCCCUAACUUCAUAGUACUUCCUAAUCUUGAAAGACUGAUACUUGAAGAUUGUACAAGUUUGGUCGAGAUUCAUGAAUCCGUUGGAGACUUGGCGAGGCUUGUUUUGUUAAAUUUAAAAGAUUGUUGCAAUCUAAGGAAGCUUCCGAGAAGCAUUGGUAUGCUAGAAUCUUUGGGAACACUUGACAUCUCUGGUUGCUCAAAUCUUGAGAGUUUGCCAAAAGAGAUGGGGAUUCUGGAUUCUCUAACAGUGCUACGGGCCGAAAAUGUUACUGGCAUAACUCGAUCACCCGCUUCAAUUCAGAAUCUCAAAGCCUGGUAUUCAUUCAUUUGGCUUUCGCCAUUGAAGUUGAAAAGAAAUCCUGAAAUUUCUUGGGCAUCUUCUUUACCUCGGUCCUUAGUUAAACUGAAUCUUGAGUACUGCAAUCUAUCAGACGAUGCUUUCCCUACAGAUCUGGGCAACCUAUCCUCGCUGCGGGAAUUAAACUUGAGCAAUAACCCUAUUACUAUUCUACCAGAUUGCAUCAAAGAUCUUUCUGCGCUCGAAAUCCUUAAAGUAAACUCGUGCACAAGGCUCCGGUCACUUGAAGUGCCACAAGAUCUAUUAGAUUUGCGGUUCUGGAGUUGCAAUUCGUUGGAGAAGACAACGCUUCUAUCACCUGCAUUAAAAAAAUUGCCGUUGCUCGGAUAUUUGGAAUUUUUGGAUUUUCUAUCUCACAUAACGAGCACGAUACAACGGGGCUAUAGCAAUGGUUUGAGUCGCAACCUGGUACAGUUUUACAGUCGAUACAAGUUGCAACCCAUAGCAGAUGUUGGUAAAGAGAUAAUAGAUAAUUUGGGCUUGUUCCACUUGGGAUACAUGCGAAACCUAAAAGUUAGACUUGCAGUCCCCUACGCAAACUGGCCGAAGCUUUCUCUACAGGGAUGCCAUGAAGAACGUGUUUUGUCCACUUAUCUUCCGUGGAGCAAGGUUCCAGGGUGGUUCAAUCUUACUAAUAAAGGAACUUCAUUAUCUUUUGCUGCGCCAUCUCAUGAUUCCAGAAUCCGAGGCUUGAGUUUUUGCAUUGUGUAUGCACAUUCUUGUGUUCAUAAUCAAAUGGGUGGGUUUUUUUACUUGAAUACUGUUAUCACUAAUACCACCAAGAGAUUGAUUUGGAGCCAAUGCCCACACAUAUCGGGCAUUCCAGAAGCUGAUGAGGAUAUGAUUUGGUUAAGCUAUUGGAAUUUCGAAAAUCAGGUGGAAGGUGGUGAUGAAAUGAAUAUAUCCGUGUUUGCAAGAAAAGGAUUUCAGGUGAAAGAGGUAGGAGUCCGCCUUUAGUAUAACGCGGAGAAAGCAGAGAAGAUUACACAAGAAAUUCCAUCAGCAAGUGAAGAAGUAUCAGAAGAAAUCUAAGGUGAAAGUGUUGUUACAGAACUACAAACCUUGAUUGUCCUAAGAUAUUGAGUGGAAGGUGCAUGUGUUUGUAAAAAGUUAUCGGUAGACUGGUCAAACCUUAGUCUUGUUGAUACCCCAACAACUGCGUGUACAUAAUUCUUUCAUCUCUCACAUGUCAUUGAGAGUGUAACUAGAAUAGUGUCAACAUUUGCUUAGGCACUUGGUGCAUUGGUAGUUACUUGUCAAUCAGGGUCUUAGUAAGAUUUUAGUUCAGGGAAUUGCGUUAGAAGAAAAUUUAUUGAGUUGGAUUUGCGAAUUCGGUUAAUUUAUCUGUGUGGUGGUUUGGUCU